UGCAGCGUCAUUGACUGCCAUUCAUUUUGGUGCCGGAUAAGCUCUUAGAAGGCGCCUUGACUUUGCCGCAGACUUCCUCAUUGCACAUAAAGAAAGGCUUUUUGACCGAGGUGUGCUGCCUUAGACGACGCAUUCGAGCUGGUCUGAAGAAGCCGUACCUGAGCUAGAGGCAGAGGAGCCCAAAGAAUCAGGCUAGGUAGGCCAGGCCAGCAGAAAGGAGGCAGAGAGAGAGAGAGAGAGAGGAGGGCAGAAGCAAGAAAGAACUUGUUCGGAGAGGUAGGAGGGGGGAAAAAAAAAAGCAAGAACAAACGAGAGAGAGAGAAAAGAUCCGUAAAGGAAGUGAGGAAGUGAGGUAGGCAGAAUGAGAGAGAGGCUACGUUGAGGGGCUAACGAGAGGAAAAUGUACUGUACACAUGUGUGAGAGUGUGUUUGGGUGAGUGAGAGAGCAUGUGUGUGUGUGAGUGUGUGUGUGUGCGUGGUUAGAUACAGAGUGACCUUUUCCUCAUUAGAAGAAUGUCUCUGAAGCUGCCUCGCAACUGGGACUUCACCACUCUCCGCAGUGAGACUGCCAGGAUAGCGAGGUCCAAAAGCGUGGUGCCGGGGGACGGGGUCCCGGGGUCCGGCCGGGCUGACGUCAGGAGACCCAUGGAGAAGCCUCUGAAGAAAGGCUGGCUGAAGAAGCAGAGGUCAAUCGUGAAGAACUGGAAAAUGUGCUACUUCGUGCUGAGAGGGAACACCCUGACUUACCACAAAGAUGACCGAGAGAGCGCCAUACAGGGAACAAUACCGCUGUGGGCAAGUCAAGUGAACGAACUGCCAUCAAACGCAGAUGACAGAUUCAUCUUCGAGAUCAUCCCACGGAGUAACGGAGACCGUGAGCGUGAUGGCUGCGUUCUCAUGGCGACCAGCCAGAGUGAGAUGGAGGAGUGGGUCCGCUUGAUCCGCCGAGCCAUCGGAGCACCGAGUAGUGGAGUGUUUGGGAAGGGUCUACCAGACAUCAUGGUCUAUGAGAAGAAGCUAGGACCUCGCUUGGUGCCAAUGCUGGUGGAGAAGUGUGCAGAGUUCAUUAAGGAGCACGGCCUGGAUGAGGAAGGCAUCUUCCGUCUGCCGGGCCAGGAGAACCAGGUCAAACACUUCAGAGAGGCCUUCGAUGCUGGAGAGAGGCCUUCAUUUCCCAGUGACACUGAUGUCCACACGGUGGCGUCCUUACUUAAGCUGUACCUGCGGGAGCUGCCUGAACCUGUGGUGCCGUGGACUCAGUACCAGGACUUCCUGGACAGCAGCCUGAUGCUGGACGCCACGACGGCGGUGGGGAAGGAGAAGCUGGAGAAACAGAUCAGCCUGCUUCCAAAAGUCAACUACAACCUCCUCAGUUACAUCUGCAGGUUCCUCUUCGAAGUGCAGCAGCACUCAAAGGUCAACAAGAUGAGUGUAGAGAACCUGGCCACGGUGAUGGGGGUGAACCUGUUCAAACCACAAGUGGAGGACGCAUUUAGCAUGAUGAAGGGGACUCCAAUGAUACAGAAGGUGAUGACUGUUAUGAUUAGGCAUCACGAGCUGCUCUUCCCUCCCUGUAAAGACGUUCCUCCAUCUCCACCUCCAACCAAGAAGACUAAGAGUCAGAAGGCCAGCAACCCGCGCAGCUUUGUGGGCUGGGAGUCUGCAGAGUGUGAGGUGUCGUCCCUGUCCGAGUCUCCGGAGGAAGAGGAAGUGGACACACCGGAGAUCGAGAGGAGGGGACAGCAGUCCUUCGAUGCGGGGUCAGACGGUGCACCCAUGUCUCCAUCCUCUCCGUCUUCAUCUCCUACUAUGCCGGACGCAUGGUCCGGAAGCCCCAGGAAGCGCACACAGACUCUGCCCAGCUUGGGUGGCCCCGGAGUGGGGAAAGUGUCUCGAGAGCCGGCCUGGGAUCGCUGGAGCCGACUGCCGGAGAGUUUCGACGAGAAAGAUGAGAAAACGUUGUCGGAGGACAUCUUCAAAAUCCUGGACCUGCAGAAGGUCUCGCUGUUCUCUGGAAAACAGAGCAAUGAGGAGAAAAGUGGAGGUGAAGAUCCAGCGCUGGAAAGGAGGGGGAGUGAUGUCACAGCUAAGCAGAUAAACCCUCCAGAAGCAAAGGUGGACCCCAAAGCCACACAGCAGAGUGCACCAACCCCGAGCAAGGAGGAGCAAGCAGCACCCACUGCAGCAGCGGCUUCGUCACAGAACCUUACAGCCAACCAGAAGGACGAUGCAACUGACCAACAGCAACUUAUCAUCAGUCUCCAGCAGAGGAACAAGGAGUUGAGCGCGACCGUGGCGGAGCUCCAGUCAGCGCUGGAGGCCGAGCGGCGCUGUAAAUCUGCUCUGGAGAUCCUGUUGCGUAAUGCCGAGCGCACCCGGGAUGAAGCCCUGAAGCGCAACGAGCAGCUGGACCGCGACAUCCAGGAAUUCCUCAACAAGGCCAGAACCGGGCCACUGUAGGACUACGAUAGCGCUGCCCUCAGCCAAGGCUUCCUAGCACUCCGUCGAUGCCCAUGUGGAGCUCCAUACGGUUGGAACUGACGGACAUAAUAUGGAAUCUCUGUUGGGUUUGCUGACCGUCUUAUUUCGAUGGGAUCAGGUUCUACAUGGAUGAACUGAUAUGAAAGCUUUAGACCGGUAAUCUGUGUCGCCAUAGAUGAAUAUUGAUGUGCUAGUCUAAUAUUUAAACAUACAUUAAGGACAUUAAUAUAUGAAAUUAUGUCAUUAGAUAAUGAAUAUUGGGUCCCCUCUGCGAGGUAUCUUUUAUUUUUAUAGAGAUAAUGUUUCUGAGUGCUAGGGAAACAAUUAUCGGCAGGUACCGAUAUGCGAUAUUUCUGUGAUACAAGAGAAAUAAUGACACAGUGUUCUCCAACAAACCCACACAUUGGGUUAGUGUGCCCUGUCUUUUUGUGCCAGUGAUGAGAGACAGUAUUAUUGGGCUGUGACGUCAUUUUAGAAUUUGCUUUUAAUUCACAUUUUAAUAAAAUUUGUUUUGCUAUGGCCAGGAAUGGUUCCACAGG